AUGUCUCCACCCGCCAUCAUUGCGCCUUCGAUCCUGUCUGCGGACUUUGCGGAGUUGGGAAAGGCAUGCUCUGAUACAAUCACUCAGGGAGCUGAUUGGCUUCACGUAGAUAUUAUGGAUGGGCACUUCGUUCCUAAUAUCACUUUUGGAGCUCCUGUUGUCACCAAAAUCCGAAGCCACGUUGCGAAGCCAAGCGAAAAACACGGCAAGGGAACGUUUGACUGCCAUAUGAUGAUUGCAGAGCCAAAGAAAUGGGUCAAGGAAUUCCAAAAAGCAGGCUGCGAUCUCUACUGCUUCCACUACGAAGCCGCCAUCUCCAGCACAGCUGCCGAGAGUCCCGAAGCAAUGAGCGAGGCCAAGACGAGUCCUAAGGACAUGAUUAGGUAUAUCCAUGAGUGUGGCAUGGCGGCGGGGAUUGCCAUUAAACCGGAUACAAAGGUUGAUGUGCUAUGGGAUAUUUUGGAGGGGAAGGAGGAGGUGGAGAGGCCGGAUAUGGUGCUUGUCAUGACAGUUCACCCUGGAUUCGGCGGGCAGAAAUUCAUGGCUUCGGAAUUACCCAAGGUCACAGAGCUGAGGAAACGAUACCCGGAGCUGAAUAUUGAGGUUGAUGGUGGUUUGGGCCCGGGAACUAUCGAUCAGGCUGCUGAUGCUGGGGCCAAUGUUAUUGUUGCUGGGAGUGCAGUAUUCGGGGCUAAGGAUCCGGCGGAUGUUAUUGCGAAGUUGAGACAGGCUGUUGAGAGCAGGAGGGGGAAGCUGUGA